AUGACUCGUGUGUUGGUUCAGAGGGGUUCUUCCGGCGGUGGUUCUUCUUCGAACGCGAACCGGAGUGGUGGGUCUUCUUCCAAUUCCUCCGUGCGCCCGGAGGCCCAGGUUUUUGUUUCGCCGGAGAAUUGCGACGAAGUUGUUGUAUCGGAUGAGGUUUCGGAGAGUGGCGAUAAGGGGAAGAGUGAGGACAGUCUUCAUUUUGAGAAGGGAGAUGGGUCGUGUGAUGAUGAUAUGGCUGCUGCUGCUGUUGUUGAGAGUGAUGUAAGGGAGGAGAUUGUGAAGGGGUUGAGUGGGCUGAGAGUUGGUGAAAGGGUUGUUACAGAGAGUGAGGGUUCGAGUGGGGAUUCUUCUUCCCACCCUGUUGGUGGUGGUGGUUCGUGUCCCCCUCCACCUCCGGUGCCGCCUCCCAAACCUUCUGUGGCGGGGAACUUGAAUUCAAGAAGGAGUGUGACCGGGAGUUUGAAUUCGGGCAGUGUGGGAUCGUCGAGGAGGACAUCUGCAUGGCCGGUUGUUCCGGCCAGGACUUCGCCUGCGGGGUCUAGGCCGUCUUCUCCUAGGGCACAUAAUGAAAGUGAGGGGUACAAUAGUGCUGAUGAACAGAAGCCUUGCCUGGUUUCGUCUUAUGAUGAUUUUGAGAGAGAGCGGCAGUUUGAAAUUGAUAUCAGAAGGGCAAAAGGUUAUGAAGUAAAAAAAAUGAUGGAGGAUGGAAAUUGUCUUUUCCGAGCUGUUGCAGAUCAGGUGUAUGGGGACUCUGACUUGUAUGAUUUGGUCAGACAGAUGUGCAUUGAUUAUAUGGAGCGAGAGAGAGACCACUUUUCUCAGUUCAUAACUGAAGGGUUCACAUCUUACUGCAAGAGAAAAAGAAGAGAUAAGGUUUAUGGAAAUAACGUUGAAAUCCAAGUCAUGUGUGAAAUGUAUAAUCGUCCAAUUCACAUAUACUCUUACACCACAGAACCUAUCAAUAUUUUUCAUGGAAGCUACAACACUGACACACCACCAAUUCGAUUGAGUUAUCAUCAUGGGAAUCAUUACAACUCCCUUGUUGACCCGCGGCGCUUGACAAUUGGUGCUGGGCUUGGGUUCAGCAGUCUUCGUGGAACAAAUGUUGACAAAGAUCAAGUCAAGGCUGCUAUUAAAGCUCAGCAGGAUGAACAGAUCAAUAAUGCACUUUUAGCCGAGGGUCGGUUUUACUCUGAUCUUGAGCUUACAGAAAAGGAAAUUGAACGCAUGGUGAUGGAAUUUUCUCGAGCUGAAUACCUUGCAGAUAGUACAUUUAAGCAACAGCUUGGUGACACAGAGUCCUCUACCUCAAACGCUGAACCAUCAUCUUCUGGAGCAACACGAUCAUCCGGCACUGAUCGGAAGAGAGAAAAUGGAAAAGAGCAUGGUUCUGAUCUGAGUAGUGGAAUGCAGAUAUUACUAUCUAUGGGAUUCACUUACAUCCAAGCCAUUGAGGCUUACAGCAUAUUUGGGGACGACGUUGAUUCUAUGGUUUGUUACCUGUUAGAAACCGGCAGUAGCAGCAGACGUAAGGGCAAGGCCACUGAAUGA